AUGACAGACAUCACACAACAAAUGAACAACCUUUCUGUCCAAAAUGGUGAGGAAGGUAAUGGAGGUCGUCAAUACGUACCGCCUCAUCUUCGCAAUAGACCAAAUAGAGGAUCGAACAAUGGAGAUGGGUCGUUUGGUGGAAGCCGCCGUGGCGGAAUGAGUGGCGGAAACUUUGGCAGUCGUAGAGGUGGAUAUGGAUCCACUGGAGGAGAUGGAUAUGGAAGAAGAGGCUUUAGCAACGGUGGUGGCCGUGGUGGAUUCAAUAAGUUCAACUCACCCAAGCCGGGCGUGGGAAGAUGGGUUGAUGGAAAACAUGAACUUGCUCCUAAGAAUGAAAGGCUUGAAAUCGAGCUCUUUGGAGUCCAAGAUGAUCCUUCUUUUCAAUCAUCUGGUAUUAAUUUUGAUAAUUACGAUGAUAUACCAGUUGAGGCCUCAGGAGAAGGCGUUCCAGAGCCAAUCAACUCAUUUACAGCUCCUCCAUUGGACCCAUUAUUAGUUGAAAAUGUUAUCCUUUCGAGAUUUAUUAGACCUACGCCAGUUCAAAAGUAUUCAGUUCCAAUCGUUGCUGGUGGAAGGGAUUUGAUGGCAUGUGCGCAAACUGGUUCAGGAAAGACUGGUGGUUUCUUAUUCCCAGUUUUAUCCGAAUCUUAUAUGAAUGGACCAGCUCCUGUUCCAGAAGGUGCUGGUGCCUUCUCUUCUCAUAAAGUUUAUCCCACAGCUUUAGUUAUGGCCCCUACCAGAGAGCUUGUCUCUCAGAUUUUUGACGAAGCCAAGAAGUUUUCUUAUAGAUCUUGGGUACGUCCAUGUGUCGUUUACGGUGGAUCUGAUAUCGGAAGCCAAAUCAGAAACUUGGAGAGAGGAUGUGACUUAUUAGUUGCUACUCCAGGUCGUCUUAAGGAUUUAUUGGAAAGAGGAAGAGUCUCAUUAGCUAAUAUCAAAUACUUGGUUUUGGAUGAAGCCGAUAGAAUGUUGGAUAUGGGAUUUGAGCCGCAAAUCAGACAUAUUGUCCAGGAAUGUGACAUGCCAGGUGUUGAAGAAAGACAAACCCUUAUGUUUUCAGCCACAUUUCCAAGGGAUAUUCAAAUGUUAGCCAGGGAUUUCUUAAAGGAUUAUAUUUUCUUAUCUGUGGGAAGAGUAGGUUCUACCUCAGAAAACAUCACUCAAAAAAUAUUAUACGUCGAAGACGACGAAAAGAAGUCAGUAUUAUUAGACUUGUUAUCCGCUAAUGAUAAUGGUUUAACAAUUAUAUUUACUGAAACUAAAAGAAUGGCUGACAACUUGGCUGAUUUCUUGUAUGACCAAGGGUUUCCCGCAACUGCUAUCCAUGGUGAUAGAUCACAAUACGAAAGAGAGAAGGCAUUAUCAGCAUUUAAAAGCGGAACCUCGCCUAUUUUAGUUGCCACAGCUGUUGCUGCUAGAGGUUUGGAUAUUCCGAACGUUGCACAUGUUGUCAACUUUGACUUGCCAAGUGACAUAGAUGAUUAUGUUCAUAGAAUCGGUCGUACUGGUCGUGCUGGUAACAUUGGUAUUGCUACCGCUUUCUUCAAUAGAAACAACAAAAAUAUUGUCAAGGGAUUACUUGACUUAUUAGGAGAAGCUAAUCAAGAAGUCCCAGAUUUCUUGAGCAAAAUUGCAAGAGAAUCAUCUGUCGGCAAAUCUAUUCGUGGUGCUCCUGUUCGCGGUGGAAGAUCAGGUGGUCCCGUAAGAGAUUUUAGAAGACAAGGUGGGAGCUCGUAUGGUGGGUCAUCUUGGGGUAGCAGUAACGGUAAUGGUUAUGGCUCUUCAAAUGGCUAUGGCGGGGGUUACAGCUCUCGUGGUGGACAGAGCAGUUAUGGAUCAUCAAACUAUGGUAAUCCAUCAAGUUCUAACUCUUGGUGGUGA